UAAGAUGUUUCUUUGUACCUUCGGCCUUUUUACUUACUUUUCGAUCAAUGCUGGAUUGGGAACGGUAUCAUGAAACCAUUGAAAACAAAAAAAACAUUGAAACAAAUGCAAGAAAUGAAAGUGGUUUAGAAAGUAAAACUGACCUAGAAGCGGAUUUAACGGAUCCACUUUUAUCAAAAACGGACUGUGAUAAUAUUUGGAGAAAACAUCAAAUUGCAAUAAAGCUUUGGUUAAAGUUCUUUCUCCGCCGAUUUAUGCGAGUGUACCCACCUUACGCGAUUCUUUUACUUAUUAUUGCAUAUAAUGACUUUGUCAGAAAAGCAUAUCAUGAACGCAUAAAUACCUCAAAUUUGGUCCCUCAUUUAUUAUUACAAGAAGCAAAAUUUACUUUUUGGACCAUUCCUCCUGAAAUAAAGUACUAUUUAUGUAUACCAAUAAUUGUCAUCGGAUAUGUAGAAUUGACUCGCUUUGGUGCAUACCUUACAAAUUAUUUCUUUGGAAGACCAAAUAUUGGAGCAUGGAUAAGUCGAAUACUUUGUAACAUAAUUCUUAUGAUUGUCCGGGAAAUAAUUCGCCUCGGACUAUUGCCACUGAGUUUGAAUGAAGAAAAUGUAUUAGUUAGUAAAUCCAGCAAUUUUAAUGAGGUUACUCAUACAAAUUUAAGUUUUAUGAAAUGGUUUAUUAAGAAAUUUCCUAGAAUGCCUCGUAUAAGACAUGAGAAAUAUGAGGUUAAAUUAGAAAAUAGUUUUGGCGGUUUUCUCUAUGCUAGCCUAAUUCUUGUAGGCCUCCUAUCUCGUGACG